AUGUGGGUGAGACGCUCACGGUUAGCUCUCGCGCACGGGCAGAGCUUGUUCGAGGGAGCCGAAGCUGUCAACAACGUCCCCAACCUUGAAGCGACUGCGAAACCCGGUGGAGGACGAAGAUCACCCAGCAACGUCCAAAUCCGUGUGUGUGAGACGGGCCGUUACGCUGAGAAGGUCUGCGGUUGUGGGGAGAUGGUGUUUGGCAGCACUCCGGCCCUUAAAUCGACCAUAAGCUUCGUUAUCGUCGACACACCGGGCAGCAGCACCUUGUGCUUGCUGGUUUUUGGAGAUGACGGAAACCGGCCGUCGAGCCACUUUGUGCGCGCGUCCAUUCCCUCGAUGCAAACUGGCAGCCCAGAAUGGAUGACAUCGCAUCGCGUCGGUCAGCAGGGCGCACUGACCCCCGGGGCGUUACCCAUCGCAAAGCAGCCCGUUGUUGCCCAGGCCGUUUCGAGAAAUAAGGCCGACGGUUUCUCUUGGGGUCUCGAAUGA